CCUACUUCCUGGAACCAUGAGUUGUUUCACUUUUUCUUUCUGUGAAUGAUUAUCCCCUGUCUGUUUGGACAGCACAUCACUCCCUAAUUCCUAGGAUAAGGCUUUUAGUAGUUCUUCAGAGUCCCCGUAAAGCAAGCAGAUGAGAGACCUGUCUACAUUACUACUGCGGUGGAAAGAUGUUGACAUCUAGCAAGAUAACCACAAAAAAUCCAAGUAUGGAGCUGAUAGAGAAAGUGGAGGCUGUUGCUCAGAAACUGAGCAGAGCGAUUGAACUGGGAGACAAAGAAAUGGCAGUUGAGUACGCUGAGAUCCUGGCUGAGAAUCACGCUCCUGUCACUGUCCAACUCAAGGAAGCUGUCUUUCCUCAACAUGAAAUCAAAUUAAGAGUUGGGGUUGAAGAUUCACAGUCACGCGGUAUAUCCAUCACAAUGAAUGUGUUUCCACACAUGACCAUUGCAACGCUGAAGACAAAGGUGUUUACCGAUUACAGUUUUCAUCCUAAACUGCAACAGUGGAUCAUUGCUCACCGUCUGGCAAAGGACAAUGAAACUCUUUACUUCCAUGGCAUUAGAAAGGACGGGGACAUGGCUUUCGUGUAUCUCCUGUCAGGCAAGCAGGCCAAUGUCACCCAGAGACAAUGUGAGCAGGAUCGGAUGCUGCUCCUACAACAAGCGACAGAGACAGCCUGUGGAAUGUUCAGUUCAAAGCCGAAUAAUGAGGGUGCUCUUCCUAAAUUGGAAGCGCGUGGAAUCCAAGUCCAAUUAAAUGAAGCAAACAUUCAGCCAGAAGCACCAGCAAAGAUUGGUUGGGAGUGCUCAGGUUGCACGUACAUUAAUAAACCAACUCGUCCAGGAUGUGAGAUGUGUAGCACAGGCAGACCAGAGAACUACCAGAUACCAGACCUGUACCAUCCUGAUGAGGAGGAACUACAGUGGAUGAAGAAUGAAGAAGAAAGUUAUAAACAAUAUGAACAGUCCAAGGUACUGCAACGGCAACAGAAUUACCAAAUUUUGUUGGAAACAGAUGAACAAAACCUGAUAUCGACUGGGGAGGACUUUGAAUGUCCAAUCUGUUUAAACAUCUUGGAGAAUGGUGAAGGCGUGACACUUCGAGAGUGUUUACAUGCCUUCUGCAAAGAAUGUUUGAAGAAUACAAUCCUAAACAGCACUGAAGCCGAUGUGACAUGUCCAUUCAUGAACGAGCAUUAUUCGUGUGAAAGCAAAGUUCUUGAACGUGAGAUAAAAUACCUCCUGACAGAGAACGAGCAUCGCUCGUUCUUGGACAGAAGUUUAGCGAUUGCUGAGAAUCGCAGUGAGAACAGCUAUCACUGUCAGACCCCGGACUGCAAGGGCUGGUGCAUCUACGAAGAUGAUGUCAAUGAGUUUCACUGUCCGCUCUGUAAAAAGAAGAAUUGUCUGCUGUGCAAGGCUAUCCACGAAGGAAUGGACUGCAAGCAGUAUCAGGACGAUCUCAAAAUUCAAGCUGAAAAUAACAAAGCCGCAAAACAGACUGCUGACAUGCUCACGGCACUGCUGCAUAAGGGAGAGGCCAUGAAUUGUCCUCAAUGCAAGAUUGUGGUACAGAAAAAGAGUGGCUGCGAUUGGCUACGUUGCACUAUGUGUAAAACUGAGAUUUGCUGGGUGACAAAGGGGGCUCGCUGGGGACCUAGGGGUACAGGCGACACAAGUGGAGGAUGCCGCUGCCGUGUCAAUGGUAAACCAUGCCAUCCCAACUGUCAGAAUUGCCACUAAAUGUAUUUGCAUCCAGUUAGAAUUGGGCACAAACAGUGAAGACCACAGCAAUGUAAAUUGUGACAUUUCCUGAUGUGCACAUCUCUGCUGUCUGGGAAACUAAACCAGUAGCGAUGUCCUCUUAAGAAGUUGGAAUUCAAGCAAAUGUAUGUCUGAUUCAAAAGCAUUGAAUUCCAAUACUUUGGGUAAAACCACUUUCUACUGCAUACAGACAAAUGUGUUGCCCCUGAGUCAGCAUGGUGGACCAUGUACUCAGAGCUGGUCCCACACAUUUAUAUGUGUAAAUGGGAUUUCCACCGCAAUCCCAACAAAAAUCACAGAUGAAAUUCCUGGCCCUGUGGACGCAGAGUUAGUCACUGUCCUCUGACAGUAGAGUUUGAAUCAUGCUUCAAUACGUGGCUACAGCAUAGAAGGAGGCCAUUCAGAUGGUUGAACCACGUCAGCUCUCUGCAAGGACAGCUCAACUAGUCCCACCCACUGCAACUUAUUUUCAUUUCAUAUAAUUACCCAAUUACCUGAAAGACAUGAUUGAAUCUGCCUCCACCACAAUCUCAGGUAGUGCAUUUGAUAUCCUAACCACUUACUGCUUAAAGAAGUUUUUCUUCAUGUCACCCUUGUAUUUGUUUGCCAAUCACCUUCAUUCAGUUGCUGCCCUCUGGUUUGAGCACCUUCUGGCAAUGGGAAGUUUCUCCCUGUCUGUUCAGAUGCCUCAUGAUUUUGAGCACCUCUAUCGAUUCCCCUCUCAACCUUCCCUUCUCUAAAGAGGACAGCUCCAGCUCUUCUCCAAUUUAUCUAUGUAAUUGAAGUCCCUCAUCCCUGGAACCAUCGUGUAAAUCUUUUCUGCGCCCUUCCUAAGGCCUUCACAUCCUUCCUAAAGUGUGGUGCCCAGAAUUGGACACAGUACUCCAGUUGUGGAUAGCCAGUCUUUUGUACUCUAUGCUUCUAUUUAUAAAAUCCAGGACACAGGAUGUCUUAUUAACCACUUUCAAAAAUUUGUACACAUACACCCCCAGGUCCCCCUGCUCCUGCACUACCUUUAGAAUUGUAUCCUUUGUUUUAUAUUGACCCUCCUCACUCUUUCUACCACAAUGUAUCACUUCACACUUCCCUGCAUUAAAUGUGUCUGCCAGUCUCUUUCCUCUUGAAAUCCACCACUAUCCUCCUUGCAGUUCGUAAUACUUCCAAGUUUUCUGUCAGUUGCAAAUUUUGAGAUUGUGCCCUGCACACACAAGUCUAGGUUAUUAAUAUGAAUCAAAAAAAGAGGCCUUAAUACCCCCUGGGGAACCCCACUGUUUACCUCUCUCCAAUGUGAAAAACCACUACCCUGUUUCCUGUCACUCAGCCAACUUUGUAUCCAUGCUACCACUGUCCCUUUUAUUCCAUGGACUUUAACUUUGCUGACAAGCCUGUUAUGUGGCACUUUAUCAGAUGCCUUUUGGAAGUCCACAUCAACCACGUUAUUCUCAUCCAAAAACUCAAGCGAGUUAGUUAAACAAAUCCAUGCUGGCAUUUGCCAGGGUUCCAAGUGGAAUGAGUGGGAGGUAUUCUGCAGCAGGUAUGAAUUCACAACACAUGUCCUUAACUUCUUACUCCACUUAGAUGACAAGGAUGGGUUAAUAAAUGAACGUUACACACUGGUGCAGAACAUAAAAAGUUUAUAGUGAGAAAAGACAAGUUUUAACUCACUCAGCAUGAGAAAAUAAGCAAAAUUUUUUAUGAACAGAAUUAAGGUAUGCUUUAGGAACACCCAGUUUUCCCUGCACUAAGGCAUGCAAUCCCUGACAGGGGAAAGGGGCUUGAUGCUGAUAUUUAGUACAUACCUGAACACAACAUUUUCAUUAAAAAAAUACAUUCUCAUUAUAUACAAUCCUGAUCUUUGUAGCAGUGAAACUCUGCCAUGGACAAAAAUGAUCAACUCCCACCCAUCCCACUGCAAGUCUGACAGAAUAGCCAUAGAAACCACAGAAAAGCUGCACCCGUGAUGUUUCUCAUGGGUUUCAGCCACUCUUCUGGUCAAGUUACGACGGACAAAUGGGCGAGUCCUGGUGAGAAUUUGCCCUGUAAUUCUUAGACAUGUCCUUCUGCUCAAAGCACAAUCUGUUUUCAAGAUUGUCGCGAACCACGUGAUACAUUGCUCAGGCAUUUUACAUAUAUGGUGCCUUUCUGGGAAGGGCCUUAUUUAGAAUUAAAGAUCCUAUUCUGUAUGGUUAAAGUGACAUUCAGAUGAAAAUCCAAGAUCAGAUACUGCUGAGAUUGACAUUGCCCAUUCUUUGUCUAUGUGUGUAUAUAUUAUAAAUAAAAGUUCACAUUUGAAAAAGGA